AUCAGGGGUUAUAUAUAAUCAAAUUAAUUUUGCAAAGGGUACACAAUGGAACCGCGUGCAGGUGCACAUGUCUUCGUGCAGAACCAGAGGAGCAGAUUCCAGGGUUCCUGUGGGCAAGGACAUGCGCAGCUUGGUCAGCGAGCUAGAAGAUUAAGAGGACCAAGCAGGCUUUCAACCAGGACCAUCGAGCCUAGCAUGCAAACUCCUGAGAAAGCAGAGGCUCACCAUGCCACUGCUACGACGCCUCCAAAAGGAAUUUCUUCUUCUCGGCGGCGCCCCAACAGCGGCUACAUCCGAGAGACUGAGACCUGGGCACGCUGCAAAUUCGAAUGGCCGGACAGUCCAAAACUUCUGAGCCUCGAUGGUCAGGCUGAACCUGCUGUGGCGGCACAUGCCAGAAGCAACGAUUCUGAGAGGACACUUGUGAAGCAGUCAGCGCAUGGGUAUGCUGCAAGGCAGAGCUCCACUUUCAAUGGCUUGAAGGAGAGGCUUCGCGAAUUUUCGAUUUUGUCUCCGCAUCAUGGUGCAGCUGCGGCAUCCUAUUCUUGGGAGGACUUGCCACUGCAGCUGCAGAAUGCUUUGGGCUUCUUGCAAAAGCUGCCGGCAUUUCCCCAAACAAGCCUCAGCCAUGCAAGGCCUUUCCUGCCACCUUCAAUGAAGCCAACACUUGUUUUGGAUCUGGAUGAAACCUUGGUUCAUUGCUGCCGUGGUGAAGCUCGAAUCACUGCCGUGCCUGAUGUGGUUGUUGAGUUCGAUGAUGGUAUUAGCAUUGGCCGCGUGCACUUUCGGCCCUUCGUCCACGUCUUUCUCGAGGUGGUUGCAAAGACUUUCGAAGUCGUCAUUUUCACAGCUUCACAGCAAUUAUAUGCAGACCAGGUCAUCGAUGCGCUGGAUCCAGCCCGAACUCUCAUUUCGCACCGGCUGUACCGACAGCACUGCACGGAGUUUCAGGGCGCAUACUUCAAAGAGCUCAGUUUGUUGGGAAGACCGCUGUGCAAGUGUGUUCUUGUGGACAACUCACCCAUCUCCGUGGCUUGCAAUGCCCAGAAUGGUGUUCUUAUUCGAAGUUGGUAUGGAGACUUGCGGGACCAGGAGCUAUUGGCGCUUCUAGAGGUUUUGGAGGACAUGCGAAGAUACGAUGAGCGCAUUCCAGGCUUUGAUAGGCCAUGUUACCAACGACGGAUUUCUUGGCUGCCCGGGCAGAAUCCAUGGAUGCAGUUCAUAGCUCUUGAUGCCCACUGCUUGACAGGUACUUGUCCCAGCGAUAUGGCUUGACGGGUUUCUUUCAGGACCGAUGGGACAGCUGCGCAAGCCUGCAAACCAAACAAUGACAUUUUCUUGUGAUGUUGUGGAGGCACUUCACGAUUUCAUGCCCAACGAACCUGAGUGACCUUGAACUCAAUGGGCAGAUGUACAGAAAAGCAUUGGAGUUUUUGUGCUUCAGUGUUUUGCCGUAACACUAGGGACUACUGUUGCUGACAAGCAGCGUGACAUACAGUGACAGCAGACAUGCCUCAUCACUUGGUGGGGUUGUUGCGCGGCAGCGUGCCUUGAGAAUGGGGGGUCC